AUGUUGACAGUAACCUGCUGCGGGUCCUCCUGCUGCGGUUCUUCCUGCUGCGGUUCCUCCUGCUGCGGGUCCUCCUGCUGCGGGUCCUCCUGCUGCGGGUCCUCCUGCUGCGGGUCCUCCCGCUGCGGUUCCUCCCGCUGCGGUUCCUCCCGCUGCGGUUCCUCCCGCUGCGGUUCCUCCCGCUGCGGUUCCUCCCGCUGCGGCUCCUCCCGCUGCGGUUCCUCCUGCUGCGGAUCCUCCUGCUGCGGUUCCUCCUGCUGCGGUUCGUCCUGCUGCGGCUCCUCCUGCUGCGGUUCCUCCUGCUGCCGUUCCUCCUGCUGCGGAUCCUCCUGCUGUGUUUCCUCCUGCUGCGGUUCCUCCUGCUGCGGUUCGUCCUGCUGCGGUUCCUCCUGCUGCGGUUCCUCCUGCUGCGGUUCCUCCUGCUGCAGUUCGUCCUGCUGCGGUUCCUCCUGCUGCGGUUCCUCCUGCUGCAGUUCGUCCUGCUGCGGAUCCUCCUGCUGCGGGUCCUCCUGCUGCGGCUCCUCCUGCUGCGGUUCCUCCUGCUGCGGUUCCUCCUGCUGCGGUUCCUCCUGCUGCAGUUCGUCCUGCUGCGGCUCCUCCUGCUGCGGUUCCUCCUGCGCUGGUUCCUCCUGCUGCGGAUCCUCCUGCUGCGGUUCCUCCUGCUGCGGAUCCUCCUGCUGCGGUUCCUCCUGCUGCGGUUCCUCCUGCUGCGUUUCCUCCUGCUGCGGAUCCUCCUGCUGCGGAUCCUCCUGCUGCGGUUCCUCCUGCUGCG